AACAAGUCUUGAGGACGCAUGUCAAUUUCCUUUAAUGUUCUCAGCUACUUGUUAAACAUGAAAGGGGGUGGGUAAGGGUAUAUAAGACACCCCUAAUCUCCAAGUAGAGGUAUUUGUCAUUAACCGGCCCUAAACAUGCGUUCAGUGGGAGCUCUGACUGUUGUGCUGCACGCAUCUCUGCUGGUGCUGCUGGCCCAGGGGAUUCAGAAAACCAGAGAAGGAGUUUAUACGAGGUCGCUGCCGCGUUUUUCCGUCAUGGACAGAACCAGUGGGUACCACCUGCCGACGUACAUGAUACACCUCUACAGGAAUUUCAGAUCCAACUUCUCCACGCCUCUGGAUAUUAUGGAGCAGGAUGCCGCAAAGCAAGCAGACACCGUGAAGAGUGUGAUGGCUAAAAGUUUGACAUACAGACAGAAGCGCUGGAUUGUGACCUUUGACCUCCACGCCCUGCUGGCUGACAAACAGAUCCAGGCGGCUGAGCUGAGAAUCAAGCCUCUUCGCACACGGAGUGAUUCCAACAUCACUGUGGAGGUCUAUCACCAGCACGGCCAGACGUGCCAUACGGACAAGAGCUGCCAGGAGCAGCAGCUGGUGGGGCUGCUCACUGAAUCAUCACUGGUCACUUCAUCGCAGAGCUGGAAAGUGUUCAACGUGACAAAACCUCUCCUUAGCUGGCUCAGAGAAAAAUCAGCAAAGGCGAGAAUUCGACACAAAAGAGUAUCAAGAAGAGGGAGAGUGGUAAAGACAAAGAGAGGCCUGUCGCUUCCGGAUCAGCCUGUCUUUGCAGCGAGUCCGAGGAGAGAUCAGGAUGUGAGUGACCGGGCCUUGCUGGUCGUCUUCUCACAAACUGGCUCUGGUGAGAACUCAAAGGCCAAAGCGAGCUUACUCCACACAGCUGAACAAUCUAAGUUCUUGUCCCCUGCUGAAAUCAAAAGAGCCCACUGGCCAAAGAGGCGCAGGAGCAAACGGGGCCAGAGAGAACAAACUGUGAGAAGCCUGCAGGCGUCCAAAAGAGGGAAUGAAAAACCUCUAUGUCGCAGAGUCGACCUGCAUGUGGACUUUAAUCAAAUUGGCUGGGGGUCCUGGAUCAUCUUUCCUAAAAGAUAUAACGCCUACCGCUGUGAGGGUUCCUGCCCUGGUCCCCUCGGAGAACACCUGAACCCAACUAAUCAUGCUUACAUGCAGAGUUUACUGAAACAUUACCACCCUGACAGAGUGGCAUCACCCUGCUGCGCCCCAACCAAAAUGAGCCCAUUAAGCAUGCUGUACUACGAGAACGGAGAAAUGCUGCUUCGACAUCACGAAGACAUGAUCGUGGAUGAAUGCGGCUGCCAGUGACAGCUACAACCACCUCCAGCCAUGACCUGUGUAAGGAGCAGCCAAUUUCUGAGAAACAAAAAAGAAAAACACUUAAUGCCAGAAGGAGAAUGAAAAGCUCUUUGAUGUUUGUCGCUGUGCACUGUAGGAUUGCAGCUGAUCUAUGUGCAGAGGUAGGAAUUUAACUUGUGAUGUGAGCUCUGGUUUGUAAGGAGAACAUUAUUUUCACAAUGUGCUGGGAUACAAGCUUCCAGCUGUGUGCGGAUGUCACAAUGUAAUGUACAACUUUAUUUCUCUUAUCAAUUUUUAUCAAUGUAAACAUAAAAUGGCAAUGUUGUUGAAUAUUACAGCACUGUUUUUAUUGUACACUACAAUAUGUGUAAGUGUAAAUUAAUGUAUAUUUAUUG